GGUACAGGCUCUGCUGCUUAAAUACCCUGAUACAGCGAUAUUUAAUACGUAUGCAUGUUGAACGUUGGGUUGAAUGUGGGACCCGGUCUUUGGCUGGGGUCCGCCCUCCCGCACGUUGGGGAUGUCGCAAAUGGUGCCUGCGCCUGAGAAGCCCCCGAGGAAAGCUCGGCCUCAGCCCAAGCUUACGCGAAAGGAAAGCCCCCACGAUGUCAAGCACUUCUUCUGCCGAGCGACUCACGCCCCCAAACAGCACGGGUUCACUACAGCCCUCCACGGGGCCGCUGCCGCCAGGCCCUGUGCCGCUGCUGCUCCUGCUGCUGCUGCUGCUGCUGCUGCUGCUGCUGCUGCUGCUGCUGCUGCUGCUGCUGCUGCUGCUGCUGCUGCUGCUGCUACUGCUGCUGCUCGCUGCUGGACAGAAGCGCUAGGAAUGAGGGAGGGAGGGAGGGAGGGAGGGAGGACAGACCGUGGAGAU